AUGUGCAGGCCUCAAGCCACCCUUUCCAAGUUUAGGACCUUUAUGCAUGCCUUCCGUCGAUACAUGACAAAUGCGGCCGUGCCAGAGAAGUACAAGUACCAACUGCUCAUGGAUGCUUGUGAAGGAGAAGAGUUACAUCAAGCAAUCAUGGGAUGCGACUAUCUAGAGCCAGACAGAGCCUACAACAAGGCAAUCAAGAUCCUGGAGGCAAGGUUUGGAGAUAAGUAUGCAUAUGCAUAUGCAUAUGCAUAUGCUCGCUCAGUGGGGGCGUUCGACGACGAAGGGCUGAGAAAACUGGCAUCUCAGCUAUGGGGUGCAGUAAGCCAUCUGGAGAAUCUGAACUUGAUGUCUGAACUUGAAACAAGGCAGACCUUCAGAACGCUGGUGAUUAAGUAUCCCCCCAUAUUGAGGGAACGCUGUGUGGAUGAUGUACGAAAUUAUCAGAAGUCGACAGGACACAGAACGGGGCUGAUGAAGUGGUUAGCGCUAUAUUUGGAGGAGAAAGCGGUGACGAUGGAUGACAUGGCUCUGCUAUCAAGCGAGGACAGUCAAGAAGGAAGUAAGGAAAGACCAGAAGGAUCAUCGUCAAGCAAACGUGCCGUGGGCCUAGUGACUAUCAGUGAAGCGAAAGGCAAUGGAGAUGAAACAAGCUCUGGAAAAGGCUCGUGCCCAGUGUGUUCCAGAGCACAUGGAUUAGCAGGGUGCGACAAAUUCCGGAGCAUGUCUGCGAGGGAGAGGUUAGAGAGGGUAAAAGGAUUACGUUGCUGUUUCUUGUGUCUGAGAGUGGGCCACCUUGUUGUUGGGUGUUGGUCGCGCUUCAGGUGUGGCACUGAUGGGUGCAAAGAGAAGCAUUCUAGACUGUUGCAUCAAGAACGAAGGGAGGCACUUACUGCAAGUAUGUCAAACACAAGCAAGGGUGGCGUAAAGCGAAAUUUUCAAGGUCUCGUGAAACAGGAGUCAAUGGCAGGCACCUCUGAUGGUGGCAUGGCCCAGAAAGCCAACGACAGUUCGUACAUGGCCGGAAAAAUAGGCCAUGUCUAUGCUACAGGGACAAAGGACGGCCAUGAAAACCCAUACAGCUGCGAAAGCGACAUCUGA